GAAAUUGGUUAGUUGGUUGGUUAUCGUGCAAUUGUGAAGACGUCUGAAAGGAUAGAAGAGAAACCACAUGGUUUCAGAAUUAUACACCGAGUAAUCCACGAACAGCCGGAACCUCUUGGGCAUUAUUAGUGAGUUUUUAAAAACACAAAGAAAAUGCGCAUCUUAGUGAUUUUGAUCGGGGCGCUCUGCCUCCUGAACGCUGAAGCAGUCAGAGAACGAAAAAGGCCAUUAAUGAACCGCAGAGGAAGGUUUAUUGGAACUCAUCUAGAUCUGUUGGGAGCUGCAUCUUCAAUCUUCCAGAAUUAUGCGAAUAGAAGAAUAGAUGUAGCAGACGCCGAGGAUGUAGAAUAUGUUGAUGUCUCGGAUGAUGAAUCUAAUGAUGAUGAUGAUAUUGAUGAUCAUGAUGAUACUGUCGAUUAUAUUGAUGAUGAUGAUAUUGUGGAUGAAGCUACUGCUGAUAAACUGAUCAGUGCAUCUCCUGAAGAUCUAAAAGAAUCCGACACAAUAAGGAGUAUGGCAGAAAAUUUAGACAUUCUUGAAUCUUUUGGCGAAAAGAUUAACAAUAAGGAUACUGAAUCCUAUGAGGAUCCACGAGAACAGUCCAACUCUUUGUACACAAGUGAACAGGAAGGAACUCCUGAAUCCCUAGUCUUUAUCUGUUCUGAUCCUCUCAACUGCCCUCCUCCAUACGGAUAUCCUGGUUCCUAUGGACCCCCUCCACCUCCACCUACACCAGCUGUUCAAGGAUAUAAGCCAGUAUCCCCUCCCCCUGGCGUAUGGUCGUACUUAGGACAGUACGGUGUACGACGGGGCAGUACAACAGCCCGUCCCUCCCCCCCUCCCACCUACUAUUUAGAGAAGGGACGUCGAAGAUUCGGAAACCAGUUAGGGUACCGGAGCCUGUAG